AUUAGCAGUUCGCCCGUAUUUCUGCCCCUAAACCCGCCACCCAAUAAAGGGUCCCAAUGACGCGUCGGGUCCUAGAGCGCCCCUGUACUCUGGCCAUGCUCAUUGGCUUCCAGUUUGCCUUCAUGGUCUACUUCUCCUUCGGUGGCCUCCGCAGCCUGAGCUUUAUCUUCGGCCACUUCGCUGAGCCCAGUUUCGAUUACAGCCGCACCCGGGAUGUCUACAGCAACCUCUCCCUGGUCAAUACCAUGGGGGGGCCCCGCUCCGAGGAUGACAUCCUGCUGCCUAGGUGCCCAGAGAGGUCCCCUUAUUUGGUGGGAAACAUUUCCGUCACCUUUACCCAAAACCCCACCCUCAAAAAAGUUCAAGAUAAGAACCCCCUGGUGACGAGAGGCGGGGAGUACAAGCCCCCAAACUGCGAGGCCCGGCACCGUACGGCCAUCAUCAUCCCUCACCGGAACAGAGAGACCCACCUGCGGCACCUACUCUAUUACCUGCACCCCUUCCUGCAGCGCCAGCAGCUCCACUACCGCAUCUACAUCAUCAACCAGGCAGGUAACGCCACAUUUAACCGGGCCAAGCUGCUGAAUGUGGGGGUGAAGGAAGCCCUGCGGGACGAGGAGUGGGACUGCCUGUUCCUACACGAUGUAGAUCUGAUACCCGAGAAUGACUACAACCUGUAUGUGUGCGACCCCUGGAACCCCAAACAUGCCUCGGUAGCCAUGAACAAAUUCAGCUACAGCCUGCCGUACCCUCAGUAUUUUGGGGGAGUCUCUGCCCUGACCCCAGACCAGUAUAUGAAGAUGAAUGGAUUCCCUAAUGAGUACUGGGGAUGGGGAGGAGAAGACGAUGAUAUUGCCACCAGGGUUUGGCUGGCCGGCAUGAAAAUCACCCGCCCGUCGGUCUCUGUGGGGCGCUAUAAGAUGGUCAAGCACAAGGUUGACCAGGGCAACGAGAAGAACCCGUACAGGCUCGACCUCCUCAAAAGGACCCAUAGGAUGUGGAAGGCGGACGGCAUGAACUCGCUGACCUACACGCUGCUCGAGAGAGCGCUGGAACCGCUCUACACCAACGUGACGGUAGAUGUGGGGGAGGACCCCCGGGCAAAGAAACCCCUCCGAAACGACUCUGCUAUAAAUGGGGCAGAACUAUUUGCAGAAGGAAUUAAGGGCCCCGCUGUGGCCCCGGCUCCGGUGGUUGCCGAGAAAGUGCCCCUGCCCGGGGCAAAUGACCCAGACAGAGCAAUAGGGCAGGAGCAGCAGAUACGAGAGGUUCGGAGCGCGCAGGAUGAGAAAGGGAAAGAAGGAAAGGCCGAGGUACAAAAAGUGCAAGCUCAGGGGCCACAGAGUAGUCCUCCCGUCUAAAGGGACUGGGCGGGGCCUCUCUCAAAGCUUCUGAUUGGUUGUUGCUGCUCAGAGACGAUUUGGGCGGGAGUUGGAAGCUUCUACCUCUCUCUUAUUUUUUGUUAUAUUUGCAGCAGUGAGAGCUGAAUGUGGGAGAUUAUGGGAUGCCGUUGUUGUUGCCGCCAGCGCCAUUCCUUAGCCAGGAGCUCGGUUAUAAUGGCCGACCCCAUUCCUACAGCAGGAGAAUGUGUGCCUCUGGGGGUGCCUUCUCCCAAAAACUGAUCCCCCCACCCAGAGACUGCUAAUGGGGCCAGCGGGCCCCCAGGAAAUAUAUGAAGGAUAUUGCCUCCAAUGUAAUGCCCUUAGCUGCCGGGGGAUCCCAAAAUGGCCGACCAGUUGGGGAUCCCCAAGGCAACAAUAAUCCUAUAAAAUCAUUUUAGGCCUCAGGAGAAGCUGUAGACGGGGGUGGGAGGAGCUUCCCUUGCCCCAAACCAAUGUCACUACUGUGCUGUUUCAUAAAUAACCGGUGCCUCGGGGGUGGGUGCCUCUUUUGGGGAGGGCGGGGGAAG